AUGACAUUAUCCUCCAUCCAGCUGCGCUGGGGACGAAUGCUUGUCAUUCCGCUUGGAGUCCUCAUCCUCCUUUGGCGUUUCUCGCCGCUGUCAUCUACUAGAUCAUCAAUUACACGAUCCCAGCAGGACUCGGCCUGGAACGAUAUACACGCUAUUGAAAAUCGAACACUGGGUUUUGGGAAGGUCUUAGCCAUCAAUUUACCCAACCGGCCAGACAAGCGUGACAACAUUGUCUUAGGCUCAUCGGUCUGCAAUUUUCAAGUCGAAUUUGUCGACGGCGUAACUCCAGACGCAAUACCACCGAAAACAUAUCCAUAUAACUGGAAUCCCGACCACACCGCGAGCGAAUACGCCGCUCGCCGCGCACAUUUAGAUGGAAUCCGACGCAUCGUUGAACAAGGUCUAGGCAGUGGGGUUAUCAUUGAAGACGAUGCUGAUUGGGACCUCAACAUCAAAACCCAACUUCAAAGCUUCGCCCUCGCAAUCCGGGCACUCCAAGGCGCAUCCAAAACCCCAACAUCAUCACCAUACGGCGACGACUGGGACGUUCUCUGGCUCGGACACUGUGGUCUAGAAUGCAAGACCAAUUUACCAUAUUAUGAAAGCGAAGACGACCUCACGGUCCUUGAGGCUCGUCAUUUCCUUCCCUAUUGGCGUGAUCCGCCUGCAUUCGAACGCUCCGACCACUCCCGAAUGGUAUGCACCGCUCAAGAUGCCGUCUGUUCGAGUUUCUACGCCGUUAGUUAUCACGGCGCACAAAAAAUUCUCGCCGCAUUGUCUGUCAAUCCAUUCGGCCUUGCUGAGGAGAUUGAUAUUGGCGCGCAAAUGGACGUAGCGUUAGGCCGUAUGUGUGGCCAUGGAUACCUGCGGUGCUUUGCGCCAUAUCCGGCCAUCACAGGUACCUUCCGUUCUGCCGGGGCGGCAGAGAAAGGCUCAGACAUCCACCAAGAAGAAGAAGGAAAUACUGUUGGCUUCGCUAGUUGGGGAAUGUUGUACAGCACCAUGUUAAACGUGCAGCGUAUACUCAGAGGACAGCCUGUAAAGGCAACAUGGGGUGAUGUUGAAAAGCCAAUAAUGGUCCCAGAAGAUAUUGGAGUUCGACAUGGGAAAUUAUACAUGAAGGCUGAGACUGGGCCACAGGUUAUUGAAACCGUGGCUGUGGAUGAACAAUAUCGAAGGACUGUACAUUUGUAA